AUGACAACCAUUAAUUCUAUCGACAAGUCUUCUCACGAAGCUUACAAGCCUUCGGAGACCGCCCUUCUUCUUUUGGACUGGUACUCCCUUUUUGUAGAGAAGGUUGCCGGCCCCACAGCUAUCCCAGCUUUGGACGUUACAGUCCAGCUUCGGAAAUGGGCAAAAGCCCAAGGCAUUACUGUCGUACACUGCCUCAUCGACUCAAACGGCACUCCUUUUCCCGCCUGUAAGGGUGUUGAACGCUUCUCGGGGCUCUUGGAAAUCAUGAAGGCCACUACGGACCCCGAACCAGCUGAGCUGCGACCUGACGACAAGGAGCCCACUUUUCACCGGGUCCCAGGACAUAUCUCAGCAUUAAAAUCCCCUGGUCUGUUGGAAUUUUUGAAGGAGAAGGGGGUCAAAUCUGUUGUUAUUAGUGGACUGAGCACUUCGGGGUGUGUAUUGAGGACUACUGUUACUGCGACGGAUGCCGAGUUUGCGACCACUGUUAUCAGUGAUGCCUGUGCGGAUGCGGAUGGGGACCUUCACCAGGUUAUCAUGGAGAAGAUCAUACCUUCUAGGGGACAUGUCAAGAGCUUUGCUGAGUUUAAGGAGGGUUUCGAACAGAUGGCAAAGGCUUGA